UCCACCACAGUAAAACAACCACCAAACAACAAAGCCAUCAAAAUGUUCAAAUACUUCGCUCUCGUUUUCGUCGCGCUCUUCGCCUUCGCCGCUGCCGAGCCUAAACCCGCUGUGGUAGCAGCACCAUUGGCCUACUCAGCUUACUCAGCUCCUCUGGUCGCCUCCCCCUACUCCGCUGCCUAUGCUGCCCCAUACGCCGCUUAUGCCGCCGCUCCCUAUGCCGCCUACGCUUCACCCUAUGCUGGCUACUCCGCUUACCCAUACAGCGCCGCCUAUGUGCUCCGCAAUCUCAUUUGUAGCGCAAUAUUAAACUUAAGUCAACGCAGCACGCUCCGCUUAAACAAUUUAAAAAAGAUGUUCAAAUUCUUUGGCCUGUGUUGUUUCGCGCUUUUCGCUCUGGUGGCCGCCAAGCCCAGCAUUAUCGCUCCAGUGGUCAGCUACUCGACGUCUCUGGUUGGCACUCCGUUUGCUGCCACCUACACUUCGCCCUACGCCGCCUACGCUCCUUAUGCCGCUGCUUAUGCUCCCUACUCGGCCUAUUCGCCUUACUACAGCGCAUACUCCACCUACCCUUACGGUUCGAUAUGGCUCAGGAAGUGAGCUACUGCAUGGUUACGAUCAAAAUGUAUUGUUUACAGUAUUAUUUCAACUUAUUUUAAAAUUCCCAAAUAAAAACGAG